CCACAAGCCGCACCGGCCACCGCCUCCACCGUGCCUUCUGCACAAAAAAACCCAAACUCAACUCAUCAGAGCAGCGAAGACCAAAAAACAUGAACACCGGAAACAAAACGCGCGUGGCGGCGGCAUUCACGAUCGCUGCUUUAGCAGCUACCAUCAUCUCCAUCUUCUUCACCGCACGACGACGCCGUAACCACCGGCACGAGUCCCCUCCGAGCUCGUGCUACUCACAUUCCGAACGGAAGCCACAGUGCGCGUUCAAGCGUGUCUUGGCAGAUAACUCCUACGCUCCAUUCAAACACUUGAGCCUCAACGAUGAGAAUGGUUCGGAUUUGCAUCCGUUUGAGGCAGAGAUUACGGCAUUGGUAAGAAGUCCUCAGCCGGAAAUUGAACUUAGUGAUGAUUUUGAGGUUGUGGACUUGGAGACGAAUGAUUCGUAUGUUUGGGUCGAUACAGAGGUACUGUUAAAGGAACUGGUCAAUGAAUUGAGCAAGGAGAAGUUCUUUGCCGUGGACACAGAACAACAUAGCUUACACUCUUUUUUAGGCUUUACAGCAUUAGUUCAGAUUUCUACACAGAAGAAAGAUUAUUUGGUUGACACAAUUGCUCUGCAUGAUUCUAUGGGAAUCCUUCGCCCAGUUUUUGCUAAUCCUUCCAUUUGUAAAGUGUUCCAUGGAGCUGACAAUGAUAUUCUCUGGCUACAGAGGGACUUCCAUAUUUAUGUUGUUAAUCUUUUUGAUACUUCUAAGGCAUGUGAAGUGCUUUCAAAACCACAGAAAUCACUUGCUUAUUUGCUAGAAACUUACUGUGGCGUGGUGACAAAUAAAUUAUUACAGCGUGAAGACUGGAGACAGCGCCCUCUCUCAGCAGAAAUGUUACAUUAUGCACUAACAGAUGCACACUAUCUGUUGUAUAUUGCAAACUGUAUGAUCAAUGAACUCAGACAACUUGACAACGAAAACUCUGGUUCUGAUGAUAAAAUCCAGUUUGUCCUCGAGGCUUGUCGGCGUUCAAACAUGAUCUGUUUACAACUUUUCACAAAGGAUAUUGAAGCUUCACCUGGAGAAUCUUCUGUAUUAUCAUUAUUUUCUCGUCAUGUGAGCAGCCAAGAUGUGCCUUCAAUUUCCAAUGAAACCCAGUUUCAGCAUACUGUGAGGCAGCUAUGCACAUGGAGAGAUUUGAUGGCUCGUAUUCAUGAUGAGAGCUUAAAAUAUGUACUGUCAGAUCAGGCAAUUGGUGCUUUGGCAAGUCAGCCACCAGCAACUCACACUGAAAUAUACAAAACUAUAGCUCGUACUGAUAUCAAUUUUGAAAUGGGUCUCAACUCUAUCAUCCCUUCCCCAUCUCCUGUUGUUUGUAGCCACCUGAAUGAUAUCUAUGAUCUGCUUGCGAACAAGCUGGUUAACCGUGGUGAUAUUUAUUCAGUGAUUAUUCAGAAGUGUCUUGGUCAAAAUGGGAUUUGUCAACUUUCUAUAUUUAAUUAUGCUUUGCUGGUUAACGGUAGCCCGAGACCUACUUCAGUCCAUAAGCAUUCAAGACUAAAAAAUCUUAAACAAUUCUCCCGGAAGGCUUCUAGAGAUUUGUUCGUUCAAAAGUUUUCUUGCAAAGCUCCUGUUUAUCACAAUUGUCGGAUAUAUGCUAAUGAUGGAAGGCUACUUUGUUAUUGUGAUCGGAAGAAGCUUGAAUGGUACCUCAGCCGGGAUCUUGCUAAACUUGUUGAUGACGAUCCCCCAGGUAUAAUGCUUCUUUUUGAACCCAAAGGCCGCCCGGAGGAUGAAGACAAUGACUUUUAUAUCCAGAGUAAGAAAAAUAUAUGUGUUGGGUGUGGUGAAGGAAACCACUACUUGCGGUAUCGAAUAAUCCCAUCAUGUUACAGAAUACAUUUCCCUGAGCAUUUGAAAAGCCAUCGUUCUCAUGAUAUUGUCCUACUUUGUGUGGAUUGCCAUGAAAUUGCCCAUGCUGCUGCAGAGAAGUAUAAGAGAAAGAUAGCUGCUGAAUAUGGGAUUCCUCUCUAUGUUCGUAGUGUAAUUCAUCCAAGGGAAAAGAAUGAAGAACAAACUGAGGAGGGAGGUGUAUCUCCAUUACAAUUACGAACAGCUGCAAUGGCUCUUCUACGCCAUGGACCAAGAAUGCCUCUCGAUCGCCGUGAAGAACUAACUGAGAUUGUAAAAAGAUAUUAUGGAGGGAGAGAAAUAACUGAGGAAGAUCUAGAAGGAGCUUUGCAAGUUGGCAUGACUCCUCAAGAGAGAAGACGGUUCGAGAAGAAGAGGGGGUUUUCUUUUAAACAUUCUACGGAGAGUACUGCUGCAGUGCCACAACUGGAGAAUCAUGUUGGUUGCGCUCCGGGUGAUGAGGACGCAUUGAAUGAUGAUGCUCAUGAUGGAGAACUUUUGAUGGAAAAAGAUGAUCUAGGGAACCCCUUAUUAGCUUCUGACCUUGCAGUUGAUGCAGCUAUUUCAAAUGGAGAUUAUAAUGAAGGUGGGAACUCUUUAAAUGUUGAUAACAGUCUGAGCAGAACGCUACCAAAUGGAGUUAGCGACUUGUUUGAUCCCUCCAAAUAUGAAGAAUCAACACUAGCGAAGCAUAAUUCGAAACUAUCACUCUUGGGACAUGGACCACACGGGAAUUUAGUUGUAGAACAUUUACUGAAGGAGUUUGGUGAAGAGGGUAUUGGAGAGUUUUGUCAAAGAUGGAGACAAGUAUUUGUGGAUGCUGUAAAUCCACGAUUUCUUCCUGGUGGUUGGGAUGUGAAACACAGGCUUUGACAUUGGACACUUUUUGCCAGUGGACGAAGGGAGUUCGGCAAGUUCAGUGUAUACAAUACUGACAAAAGAGUGGAUGCUGUUAGUAUGUAGCGACUCUGCAGGAUCCUACUAGUUGCUAGUUGCUAGUUGCCACACUUCCUCUCAUUUUGUUGCUUGUACUUUAGUCUGAUUUUGUUAAUUUGAUUAUUUAUGAGAAUUUUCAUGUAAUUUUUUUGUAGUUAGAAAGAGGGACAAGUAGCUUUGAAGGACUUUGCCCAUGCUUUAAUCAUUCUCAUCAAAUUAUAACAUCACAAGGAGCAAUCUGUUUUUCAAACAUGACAUCUAUGCUUUGGAUCAUCCCUGAGGCAAAUUCUUCA